CCGCCGUCGCCAGUCCGCACCCGACCGCGCCCGCAUGCGUACACGAGCCCACACGCGAUACCACCAGUUCUGUGAACCGUGACCCACUGAAGUGCUAAAUGGAACUGAAGGACUGUCAAUGUUAAAGAAACAAAACUACGAAGAAAGAAAAGAAGUGAACAUGGCGAUAGAAAGUGUUUCGAGAUACCCGAGCAGCCCGGCGGAAGCGACGGAGCCGCCGAAGCCCUCCCGCAUCAGCUUCAGCGUGGCGUCCAUCCUGGCCGACACCAAGGCCAACCGGUCUGACGAAGCCACUGUAGAAAUGCUGAGGCACCACCGAAUGAUCCCCGAAUCUCCUCUGAGGCAAUCCCCGUCGGCGCAGCCUGAACUUCCCGGCGGCAAAUCCUUAUCACCUAGACCGUCGUCACAAACACCCCCUUUAAACCUUAAUGCUUCGGCCAAUGUUAUGUCAUCAGACGAUGAAUAUGAAGAUUCGGUCAAUCAAGAAGAUUCAAUAGUUGAUGUUGAAGAUCUGCAGAAUGGAGUACAAAGUGAAGAUGAAGAGAGUGCAUCAAGAGGCAACGAUAAGGAGAGACUAGGACCGAUACGGCCGACUCCUUUCAGCGCGCUAGCGGCGGCGGCGGCGGCGUACCAUGGCCUGGGCUGGCCCGGCCCAUCACCCGUCGUCCCUUCAUUCGGCCCACUGUUCCAGUCGCAUUUUCCAGGCCAUAUGUCAGAGAACGGCGAGCCGCCCAAGCUGAAGUGCCACCUGCGCAAGCACAAGCCGAACCGCAAGCCGCGCACACCCUUCACCGCGCAGCAACUCCGCUCCCUGGAGACCAAGUUCGUGGACAAGCAGUACCUGAGCAUCGCGGAGCGGGCCGAGUUCUCGUCCUCGCUGGGGCUGUCUGAGACUCAGGUAAAAAUCUGGUUCCAAAACCGGCGAGCGAAAGCGAAGCGCGUCCAAGAGGCCGAGAUAGAGAAGCUGAAGAUGGCGCAGUUCUCGCGCCACCCCCACCACCUGUACCCCCAUCCCUUGCAGCAGUACUUCCACCCCCACCCACUGAUGGGGGGGAGGCCCAUGCCUGGGAUGGCGCUACACCCGCAGCACCUGCAGGCGAUGGUGGCGCCCCCAGUCUCGGCUGGGUCGCCGUCACCGAGCGCAAGUAACAACCAGCAGUGAAGCUGGUGGCGGAAAAAGGAAACUUGGGUUUAGGAGUUUGAACCUGGCUGGUAAAGGAAAGUCGGGUUUACGAGUUUUUCGAUUUCGGUGGAAUGCCAGUAGUAGCGCUGGUGCACUAUCGUCCGUUUGUUCGUGACCCAAAGGGUAGAGUUCUGAUAGUUGUCAAAUUCAUGUGAUUAUGUUACUGUCACUUUGAGAUCGCUAUAAUAUGUGGUCGGUUGUUGCGAAAUAAAAUAACAUCUGAAUUCGAAAUUGCUGAUUGUAUAUACAAAUGAAUUAUGACUGAUGAUUUCACUUGAUAACGGUAAAGUUGGUAUACAAGCUAUGGUUUUAACCCACGAAAGCCAUAAGUACUAAAUUAUUACUUCCAGUAGGACCUUGACUUGGAAGAAGAAAAAAUUGUUUGAUGUUGUAAUAACUGUAUAAAUUAAUUGUAAAUACAUUACAUACUAUAAUUGCUAUGAUAAGUUAAAUUAAUAUUUGUGCACGAUUGAAUACUGUAUUCGUUAUUAAUUAAAUGUAAACAUAAUUAAAACUAUGUAAACCUAUGAUUAUAAAGAUUCUGAGCAGUUUUAGUUCCCAGUACAAAUAAUAUUAUAUAAACUCUUCUUAAAACAUAACAAAAUUACCGAUUAUAAUGUAUCAAACCAAAUUUUAAUGUUAAAAAAUUAUGUACAUAAUAGGUAUUUAAGUAAUAAAGUAAUGAUUAUGCUUAAUAUUAAUAUUAAAAUAGAAUUUAAUAAAAUCUGUACAUUGUUAUUUCUACUUCUGUAGUUG